AUGGUUGCUGUGGCCUCUAAUGCGCUGGCCAAAUGCCUCACCACGACAUACAUCGUCAGUCGGUUUGAGAAGGCGGGAGACAAGCCUGGCGUGAUGGCGAUGACGAUCGUCCAAGCAACUGUGCGCGUUGAAUCCCGGGUGGUCGUGCAUUUGCGGGAAUUGGGAAUAGACAUCGACUCGGCCCGUGACUUGUGCAUCAACGAUGCUGUGGUUCAGCGUUUACUCAUAGAGCCAGUUCCCCAAAAGGAAGCCAAGAAGAAGGAAGAAGAAAUGAUCAAGCAAAAGAAGAAAGCCAGUGCACAGAAACGAGUCGUUGCAGCGAAAACGAAGAUGGCGUUGGAUGAACGUCGUCGUGAGGCGUCAGAGCGCAAGUCGAUGUCGUUGGAAGAUUCGAGCAAGCCCGAAUCCGGAUAUUCGAAUAAAUGA